AUGAAGGUUUUCAGAAGAACAUGGAACGGCCUUACGUAUCAUCCGUGUCAUCAACUGCACAACCCUUAUGCCACCCCCAAGUUCGAGGAAGACAUCGUCCAGCAAAACUCGAACAGAAUGUACGAGGGAACGGACAAGAACAAAGGCUACGGCAUCAGGCUCAAGAAGAUCAUCGCCCAUGGUGGCUUCGGUAUCGCCGCUCUGGUCGAACACACAGGCCGCGACAACGCCGUGACGCAAUGCGUCAUGAAGGUGGAAUUCGCACGCCAUCAAGACCGCAACAUUUUACAAAAAGAAGAGAAAGCUUUCGAAAAAUUCAAAGGCGCCAAGCACAUAGUGCAAAUCCUCGAUCUCACGAAGAAAAUCAAGGCCGAGAGAAAUGCCUCAAACGCGAAAAACACGACGGUUGUGGCAAUUGACCAAUCAGACGAAAAUUGGGACAUCCAGAAGCAGCGCACACGCGACUUCAUCCUUACCGAGUUCGCUAAACACGGAAACCUUAGAAUGUGGUUCAACAAGGCCUGUCGGAGCGGGAAACCUUGGCCAGACAAGGCUCUUUGGUGGUUGUUUCGAUGUCUUGUCAAGGGUCUCGUCGGUAUGGGAUACCCGCCACUCGAGCAUCACAAACAGAACAACCCUGAUUGGGAUUCAAACGACCCCAUUGAAGAGUACAUUCCGCAAGGCAGUCAAGGUCCGCAACAGACCUGCCACUUUGAUCUCGAUCCGCUCAAUGUCUUGGUGGAUUCAGACGAGGGACAUGGCGACUUCCCAAUCUUCAAGGCCAACGAUUUCGGCGAGACCGAGUUCUACGACGAAAUUCCAAUCAACCCCUCUUACUUCAAUAGCUCGCACUUCUGGGGUCACCGUUGGAAAGGAAAGAGACAUUGUCUAACUCCCGAACAAUUCACCGCGGAGUGGAAUCCUCUUGAAAAGGAUGGUGUACCUGACGACGUGUUCACUGCCACCGACGGCAGUAAACCCAGAGUUGCCGGUAACUACGGAAUGCACUCCAACAUUUUCCAGGUUGGCAUCAUGAUGUGGUGCGCUAUCACGCGAUGCAAGUUCCACUACCCCGGAACCGUACAGUACAACGGAUACCGAACCUACGGCGGAUUGCUUCAAGAUGGAAGAUUCAGCGAUGUCGACCAGGAGCUCAAGAGGGUGAUCAUGGCGUGCAUGGCCCAUGAACCCUCCAGCCGCCCGACCCUGGCUAACCUACUCAGCCGCAUCGAACGGGCACUCCAACGCCCCGGCCUUGAAUCAGAUCACGACACUCAGGAAUGGGCGAAGGAGUUUUUCAGCACUCCGCGAGUACCCGGCGAUGAACCAGAAGAGGCCCUAGACACGGAAAUGGCGGAAGCCCACGCCGCCCACGCCGCACACGAAGCGGCUCUCGUGGCGGCAUGGGCCGCCGUCAAGAAGAGAGAGUGUCCGUCCGAUGGUGACCACGAAGACGACGAGCGUUACCGUUCGCAAAGGAGGAUCGGCGAGUCUCAACGAAUGGUUAUACCCCGAAGGCUCAGCGGAGGCGACUUUGUACUGUCAGGAGACCCUCAACCGGCACCCCAAGAGCUCAUCUUCGACGCCCUCCACAACGACCAGCCUGCUCCUCCUGCUCAAAACGCUCAGCCGAUGGAAGGAAUUGCUCGCCACAACGCGCAGCAGCAAGGACAACGAGGGGCCGCGGUACCACCGCACCUGCGCCAUCUUCAACGGGAACAGACCCAGCAGCAACAGCAGCAACAGCAACAACAGCAGCAAGGACAAGGAGGACGCGAUGCCGUACCGCCGCACCUGCGACAUAUUGCGCGGAGACAGAUGCAGCAGCAACAGCAGCAACAUCCCCAGCGGCCCCCGUCAGUACUCCCGACCCAGAAGCAACAACGGCGGAAGCAGCGGGAGCAGAGACGGGCGAAGCAGAAUGCUCAACGCCAGCCUCCCGCCAUCUACGGCCAGCAGCAGCAGGAGCAACAAGAUGUCCAACAUCCGGCAUGGAACGUGGACGCCCCCGCCUUUCAACCACAGAAACAGUUCAUGCCUAAUCCACUACUGCAGCAGCAGCAGCAGUUUGCAUACCCCAACGUGUUCUACCAACAGGCACCUCAGCAGCAGCCGCAGCAACCGCAGCAACAACAGUUUGUAUACCCCAAUGUGUACCAACAUAUUCCUGCUCUACAGCAGCAGCAGCAGCAGCAACAGUUUGGAUACCAGAAUAUGAUUUACCAACACUUACCUCCGCAGCAGCUUCCCGGCGGGCAGCAAGUGUACGGAUUCACGCUCAGGUUUCCCCAGCAGGGUCAUCAGCCUCCGCCGCAAUAG